AUGCCCGCCACCACCAUGACCGUCUUCACCAUUGGUACCGUUCUCAUCCCAGCCGGCCUCAUUCUUUAUGAAAAGAAGCCCGCCCUCUUCACCGCGGAAAAUGCCCUAAAACUUCUGGAUAUCUCGGUCACAGUCCUGGACAAAGUCGUCGCAAUUCUCGAGGCCAUCAAGACGAUUGGCAAUGUUUACCUGGAAACCAAAGGUGUGUAUGAUAAGAUGAAGAAGGCGGAGAAGACAGCCCGAGACCAAUGGAGUCUUCAAUUAAUACCUUGUUGCCAGUAUGGCAGAUUGCUCCAAGAAUUUCACUACUAG